UCUCCAGUGAGCGCCGUGCGGGCUGCUGGCGGCUACAGUGGGACCAGGUGCUGGAUACAGUCGUAGCGCCGCUGGCUGGGGGCACAUUCACCUUUUCCCCCCUUAAUGACACGCCGUCCUCGGUCCUUGUCACCCAGAACCCCCGUCCUUCCCUGCCUUGUGUGACCCUGCCCGCCCGCUCCCCUCACCAUGCCCCUCACCCGAUUCCACGCGUCCCUACGGCUGUAGGUGCUCCCUCACCCCCUCCCCUGGCCCACUUGCCCCAGUCAUGUCCCUCCAGCAGGGGGAAGGCGGCUCACUCGAGGUCGGGGUGAAGGCCUAGUGUGCAGAGCUUCUUCCGUCCUCCUGCUUCCACCCCUCCCCAGCUCGAACACAGACACCGACACCCCGAGCUCAGCAUCAGCAAUCAUGGCCGAGGAGCAGCAGCAAGCACCCAGAAAACAGCGGCCUGAGCAGCCCCAGCUGCCCCCCUCUGCCCCAGGGGCACUGCCAGCCUUGGUGACAGGUCUGCAGGGCACUGAGGCCAAUGCACUGCAACAGAAAAUCAAGAACUCCAUCUGCAAAUCCAUACAGUCAAAAGUGGACUGCAUUUUGCAAGAAGUUGAGAAGUUUACAGACCUUGAGAAACUCUACCUCUACCUCCAACUGCCUUCUGGUCCUAGCAAUGUGGAGAAAAGUGAUCAGAGCUCUUUAUCAUCCAGUCGAGCUCAACAAACCCAUGCAUUCUCCUGGAUUCGGAAUACCUUGGAGGAGCACCCAGAGACUUCACUGCCCAAACAGGAAGUCUACGAUGAGUAUAAGAGCUAUUGUGACAAUCUUGGCUACCACCCACUAAGUGCUGCUGACUUUGGAAAGAUCAUGAAAAACGUAUUUCCAAACAUGAAGGCACGUCGUCUGGGCACAAGAGGCAAAUCAAAGUAUUGCUAUAGCGGUCUGAGGAAGAAAGCGUUUGUUCAUAUGCCAUCACUGCCCAACCUGGACUUCAACAAGACUGGAGAUGGGCUGGAUGGCGUGGAAGUGUCCGCUCAGUUACAAAAUGCUGAUGAAGAAGUUGUAUCUGCAGCUUGUCGCCUUGUGUGCGAGUGGGCUCACAAGGUCCUGAGUCAGCCAUUUAAUACGGUCUUGGAUUUGGCUCGCUUCCUUGUCAAAAGUCACUAUACUGACACUAAGUCAAUGGCAGCACUGACAGUAAUGGCGGGCGACUCAACAGGAUUAAAAGGAAUUACCCAGACGUCUGCAUUUGUCCCCAUGUCUGAAAGUAAUAUAUACCACCCCCAAGUGAAGACCCUGGCUUCUCCUGUAGAUGCUAAACAACAGUUACAGAGGAAAAUCCAGAAAAAACAGCAGGAGCAGAAGCUUCAAUCACCUUUGCCAGGGGAACUGCAAGUGAAGAAAGCAGACGGAACGGCUAACAAUGGAAUCCACAGUAUCUGUAAUGGGAGUCCUGCCAUCCUUUCCCCUCAGCCUAUUGGUAUUGUAGUGGCAGCGGUCCCGAGCCCAAUUCCGGUACAAAGAAACAGGCCACUUGUGACCUCACCAAGUCCCGUGGGUUCAUCAGACGGAAAGGUUUUACCAUUGAACGUGCAGGUGGUCACUCAGCACAUGCAGUCUGUAAAGCAGUCGCCAAAGACUCCCCAAAAUAUCCCAGCCAGUCCUGUCGGUGAUCGGUCUGCUCGACAUCGCUACCCUCAGAUCUUGCCUAAGCCAGCCACUUCUAAUGCUCUGACGAUCCGUUCACCCACCACUGUGGUUUUUACAAGUAGCCCAAUCAAAACUGUGGUUCCAGCUCCACAUGUUAGCUCACUGAAUGUAGUGAAAAUGACUACAAUAUCUCUUGCUCCUAGCAAUGCUGGCACUCCAUUGAAACAAAGCCCUUCUGUGAGUAGCAGUACGGGUACACCAGAUGAUACAAGGACUGUUCCUCAUAUCAGAAAUGGUUCUGUUGUUUCAUUACAGUCUCCUGUGCCUAGGAUGGGCACACCUUCUGCAUCAUUCGUGGAAGUCAAAACAGAACCUGAGAUACAGACAGAGGAGAAUUCAGUACAGUGCCAAGAGACCCUUGAGGGUUCUAAAUCUAGAAGAGCUACGCCUGUUAUGUCUUUCACGCACAAACUCAAUCAGGAUAGUAUUAGUGUUAAAUCUUCCCAAGAUGCUGCACGUGAAAUGCAGACUAUCAAAGCCCUUGAUCAGCGAGCUGAAGGAACAAGGACCAAAUGUAAAAGCCGUUCCUUCGAAGGAACAUCUCCUUCUCCAGCCAGCAGUAAUCAAACUCUGACUUUAUGUGUUACACCCCAAAAUCUAUUUAACAAUCACUCAAGUCCUAUUGCUAAUAUUGACCCAGCUGGAAAAGACAUCAGAUUGUGUGAUAAGAGUCCAAGAAAACGAUUGCAAAGUACUUCACAGGACUCUCAAAUACCACCAGCGAAAAAAUCACUUACUGGCAACUUAUCAUUAACUGCAGAAUGUCCAAAGCCAGGAGGUCUUAGCGGGAAGAAAACUCCUAAAUCGCUGUCAACAAAAUGUGAUGCCAUAGCGGUUACUUUAGUACCCAGCAAAGGGACUCCACAAGGAAAUGCCACCGUGGUAACAAAUUAUCCCUUGAGUUGUGUUGUUGAAAAGAGCACUGAUCCACAGCAAGAACUAGUGGUUACGUCUCAGGAUUUUAAAGUAAAGCUAGAGGGUAGUGUGUUUAAGUUUGUCAGUGAUUCAAAGGCAGAAAACUCCUUUAAUCAAAAUGCAUGGCAGCAAAUUGUUGAAAGUUCAGAUUUUACAUCUGUAAAUUGUGAGCAGUCUCAAACUAUUGGUGUUAUGGACAUACCUGGAACUUCGGAUGCUGAGAACCUGCAAAAGUCUGUGUGGGAGCAAGCAGACUUCGAAGGAUUACAGCAGGACACAUACAGCCAGCAACUCGAAGAUUCGUCAUUGAAUCAGCUACAAGCACAUUCUUCUAACCAGUUACCUCAGCGUUCGGAUCUGACAGAUCCUCCAACAAGUGAGAACUUCUUUUGUUUUGAUGAUGACCUCACGCAGGACAGCAUUGUUGAGGAAUUGGUGCUCAUGGAAGAGCAAAUGGCAAUGAACAAUUCUCAGAACUAUGGAAGUUUAGGAAUGGUGCUCCAGAGUCAAGCCACAGCCACCCAUGGUACACCCGUCCCCACUCAUUCAAGUAAUUCCCAUUUCUAUCAUUCAGUACAUAGCAGUGGAACUCCAGUUCAUACACCCACUCCAACCCCAACACCUACUCCUACCUUAACUCCAACACCAACAUCAGAAAUGAUUUCUGGUUCUCAGAGUUUGUCCAGAGAAAGCCCAUGCUCCCGAUUAGCUCAGACUACACCUGUAGAUAGUGCAUUAGGAAGUAGCCGACAUACACCAGUUGGAACACCACAUUCUAACUGCAGCAGUAGUGUUCCUCCAAGUCCAGUAGAAUGCAGAAAUCCAUUUGCAUUCACACCUAUAAGCUCCAGCAACUCUUAUCAUGAUGCUAGCAUUGUCUCAAGUAGCCCAGUGAAACCAAUGCAGAGGCCUAUGGCUACUCACCCAGACAAAACCAAGUUAGAGUGGAUGAAUAAUGGCUAUAGUGCUGUUGGAAAUCCAUCCGUUUCUAGUCAUAGUAUUCUUCCAAGUUAUAAAGAGCUGGUAGAGGACAGUUUCAGAAAGCCACAUGCAUUUGCAGUGCCUGGUCAAUCCUAUCAGUCUCAAUCCAGAAACCAUGACAAUCACUUUGGCCGAUUGACGCCAGUGUCACCAAUACAGCAUCAGCUGUCCUCUGUAAGUAGUACCAACAAACAAGAAGGCUUUGCAGUCCCUGCUCCCUUAGACAACAAAUCAACAAAUGCAUCUGGAAACAACAAUUUCAGGUGCCGCAGUGUGAGCCCAGCUGUUCACCGCCAACGUAAUUUAAGUGGAAAUACAAAUUGCCCUGUUUCUAAUGCGCCCCGAUCUAAUACGACUACUUUUGGAAACGUUAUAACACCAGAUAUUCAUAGCAUGCUUACUAAUGUCCAACCAGAUACCAGUGCCAAUACCAUAGCUCAAAGGAGUCAGUCAGUCCCCCUGACGGUAAUGAUGCAGACUGCUUUCCCGUCUCUGCAGAAACAAAGUAAUAGUAAUACACAAAACAUCACCCACGUUUUGUUAAGUAAACUGGAUUCUGAUCGAGACGAUGCUGUUAGGGGAUUGGGAAUAAACAAUAUGCCUUCUAAUUAUACUGCAAGAAUGAAUCUUACUCAGAUUUUGGAAACAUCGCCCAUGUUUUCUGGUGCCAAUCAACAAAAUAUGAUGAAUUCCAGCACUUCAGCUUAUGAAUUCCAAACACCAGCUUACCUCACAAAAAACAGCAGUACUGAUCAGAUGACUUUUACUUCUGGAGACAGCCAAGCACAAUCUGAUAUUGGAGAACAACAACUUGAUUUCAACAGCACCGUCAAGGUCCUUUUAGAUGGAGAUGGCCUCCAAACCAACCAGCAGCUUGUAGUUCAAGUGGCUUCAGAUUUGAACAAUGCCUCUGAUUUCUCCAGUGACAUUCGGUUGUCUUCUGAUCUCUCAGGCAGCAUCAAUGAUCUGAACACUCUAGAUCCAAAUCUGUUGUUUGAUCCUGGUCGACAACACGGACAGGAUGACGAUGCUACACUGGAGGAACUGAAUAAUGACCCUUUGUUUCAGCAGAUCUGUAAUGAAUCUAUUAACUCCAUGACCUCACCUGGAUUUGAAUGGAUGGAAAGCAAGGAUCAUCCUACAGUUGAAAUGUUGGGUUAAUCUUGUACUAAAAUGUAGCACACUGUAUCAAAAAGGCAGACUUUGUAUUUGUCUUAAUGGAAGUGCCUCCCGCAGCAGAAACAUUUCUAAUUAUGAGAUUUUCAAAAAGGUUUGCUGCACAAGUUAUCUGUCUUUCAUCUGUUCUUGACAUGCUAGUCAUAUAUCUGCAGUACUUGGGCAGUUAAUGAGCCAGUAUUAAGUCCAUAAAAAAAAAAAAAAAAAUCAGUUUUUGCCCAUCUGUUGCGAUUUUACUUCAGCUGAUGGUCAUUGAUAGCCAGUUACACUAACAAACAUGGUUUGUUUGUUUUGUUUUUUUUCUUUUUAUUCUAUCUAUAAAAAUUUAGACUGUAGAACAUGCUGUUGCUGACAAUACUCUGUAUAAGAACUGCUGAUGUCUUUGUGGCAUAAACAAUGAACAACUGCCCUCUUGGCUUGUUGAGUAUGGUAGCUCGGUAUCCACACGAAUACCAUAUUGUUUGUGACAUGUUCCAAUUCAAAAGAAAGGAAGGUUGUUCUUGUUAAGGAAACAUGACCAUGAAUGACACCUACAUUAUAACAAAAAA